AUGAUCAUGGCUGCCAUCCAGGCUGAGAAGAACAGCACUGGCUCCUUACCCCAGUCUAUCCAGAAGUAUAUCAAGAGUCACUACAAGCACAUGAAAUUGUCCAUCAAGCAUCUGGUCACCCAGACGAAAGGAGUGGGUGCCUCAGGAUCCUUCUGGCUGGCCAACAGUGAUGAGCCCAAGAAGCCUGUGGCCUUCAAGAAGACCAAGAAGGAAGUGAAGAAGGUGGCCAUGCCAAAGAAGGCUGCAGCCUCCAAGGCCCCAAGCAAGAAACCCAAAGCCACCCCAGUCAAGAAGGCCAAGAAGCAGCCGCCUGCCACACCCAAGAAAACCAAAAAACCCAAGACUGUCAAAGCCAAGCCAAAGUAUCCAAGCCCAAGAAGGUCAAAUCAGUGA